UUGCCCUUUAUCAAGAUGGAGGUCCCGCUGAAAGGUCUCGGUCUGACGCAACUUCCUGUCGACAUUAACCGGCGGGCAGCUUCCUGGAUCGCUUCCGGUGGAGACAAAGGUGGCGGGUUUGUCGUCGGAACCAUGCCUAAGUUUUAUUGUGACUACUGUGAUACCUACCUCACCCAUGACUCGCCUUCAGUUCGUAAGACCCAUUGCAGUGGAAGAAAACACAAGGAAAAUGUGAAGGAUUACUAUCAGAAAUGGAUGGAAGAACAGGCACAAAGUCUCAUUGAUAAGACCACUGCUGCAUUUCAGCAAGGAAAAAUACCGCCCACACCUUUUGCUGCACCACCAGCUGGAAGUGCCAUGAUUCCUCCGCCACCUAACCUAGGAGGACCCCCACGCCCUGGUAUGAUGCCUGCACCACCUAUGGCUGGGCCCCCAAUGAUGCCAAUGAUGGGACCUCCUCCACCAGGAAUGAUGCCAGUGGGCCAUGGUCCUGGUAUGAGACCACCAAUGGGAGCUCACAUGCAAAUGAUGCCAGGUCCACCAAUGAUGCGUCCACCAUCCCGUCCCAUGAUGCUUCAAUCUCGUCCAGGCAUGGCACGCCCUGACCGAUAGAUAUUUACAUUCCUGUAAAUACAAUUCAAAUGGCGUAUGUUAAUAUGUGGGUCACAAAACCUAUUGGCCAAAAUACUAAUUAUUUUAC